AUGACCGACAUCGCCGAAGGGGACGGGGACAAGAAUAAGAUCAAGAUUGUCUGCGUCUCCGACACCCAUCUCCAGUGUCCCGAUGUACCUGACGGAGACCUCCUUGUCCAUGCUGGCGACAUGGCCAACUACGGCAAGUUCGACGAGAUGCAGGGACAGCUCAACUGGCUCGGCUCGCUUCCUCACGCGCACAAGAUCGUUAUCGGCGGCAACCACGACCGGAUCCUUGACCCAUCCUACAUCGCCGAGAACCCCAAGUUCCAGCAGGGCGGGCGGCUGGAGGACCUCGAAUGGCACGACCUGAAGUAUCUGUGCAACGAGUCCACCACCGUAUCGUUCCCGCAUCUCGGCCGCUCACUCAAGGUAUACGGGAGCCCACUCACGCCCAAGUACGAGUCGGUCAAGGGCGGCGCAAUUCAGUACUAUACAUGGGCGUUCAAUUAUCCUAGGGCCACGGACGUGUGGACCAACACUGUGCCGGACGAUGUGGAUCUCUUCAUUGUACAUGGUCCGCCGCGUGGCCAUCUCGACGAAGGGGGUAAGGGCUGCCCUCAUCUCCUGCGGGAACUGUGGCGCGUGCGCCCGCCUUUGGUCGUGUUCGGCCACAUGCACCAAAGUCGAGGUACCGAGAAGCUGAUUUACGACGACUGGGAGGCGUGGGCGAACGACCAAGUUAACAUGAUUGCAAGACCACCAGGGCGUUUACGAGAUAUCACGGCCGGAACAAUUCGGUACAAGGCACGGAUGGCUCAGGCUCUUGGGCGAAGCGUAGAGAGAGGGAACGGGAGGGCUUCUUCGCAGCUUGUCAAUGCCUCCCAUCAACGAGACUCGGGUCCCAUGGUGGUAUAUUUGUAG